AUGAAGAUCCCGUAUGACGAGAAGAAGCGCAAGAUUGUCAUUCAACGUAGACAAGAUCCCGCUUGCCUGCCGUGCCGAAAAAGAAGAAUCCGCUGUGUUGGUCAAGGUACACCAUGCGAAACAUGCAUUGCUCGCAGCAUUGAGAAAGGGUGUGAAUUUACAUCGAAAAAGAAACGUUGUCCUGACAAGAUGGCGUCACAUGAGCUUUCAAAUGCUUGUGAUAUAAAUGGACCGCUGAGAAUCCGAAAUGGGCCAAGUGAUACUGUCGGCUCGCCUUCCACGGCCAGCACCGUGACUACCUUAUCGGAGCUAAGCCACACCCCCAGUUUGGACUUCAGCGACCGCGAAGAGGAUGACGCCAAUCAAACGUCAGACUGUGUGACAUUCAAAGAGCCGCUCAAUGCCUUGCCCGGCUGGGAAAUGAUUGACAACCUGAAGGCACGAUACUUCGCAUUCGUCUUUCCGCUAUUUUGUACCUUUUCCUUUGUCAAAUUCGAGGACGAGUAUAGGAGCUUCCGCCAGAAUCCUGACGGAGCGCCUCUCUCGUGGCUGUCCUUGCUGUUCGCUAUCUUGGCAUUGGCAUGCCGAGCGGAGGAAGUCCCUGAGAGGGCUUGUUUGUUUGAUAGGCUGUCGAUGGCGUAUGAGAAGGCUGCUUGGGAUUGUUUGUCUCUCAACAAUCCACCUUUUGAACCAUCGACGGCCGCACUGAAGGCUUUUGUACUCGUAAUCUAUGGCCGUGUUCACCGCGGGAUAGACGUAUCAAGAGAUCUUCACACCGCUUACCAAAUGGCAACCUCCACAAGCUAUCACCGACGCCCCACUCAAUCAAUGGCUUGCGAGGAAAAUAAAACUCUCUGGAUCGCCCUGAAAAUGCUUCUCUUCAUGAAUGGCCAGCUACACAGUGACCCCUGUGAUCAAGAGGUCUCUCAAAAUCUAUACCUUAUGGCUGGUAUCGAUUGGAAGGAAUCUUUGGAGAUGCAGCACCUGCCCAUGAGCUUUGAAGACUCAUCUCUGUCGGUAAUGGACUUCACCGUGCUUCAGUCUCGGGUUCUCACGAUAUCGGACAUUAUCGACGCAAGCAAGAAAUACGGCUUCUUAUCAUCAUGGAGCCUACCUGGAGUUGUGAGUGAGCUGUCGCGCAUCGAGAACGACUGCAACCAGUUUUAUGCAGGACCUUAUUCUUCCGACUCGCAAGGAGAGCUGUGUAAAGUUAAGCUGGGUAUAUUGCGAUACUGCAUUCAGUAUCUGCUCCAGUCAGCUCACUUUCCGUCUUUUGAGAGUUACCUGGACGGGGAUAUCACAUCCGACACACAAUCCGCUGCAGAGAAAUGCAUUGAUUCUGCGACAUCGGCGAAUGAGAUUUCUUUCAUCCUGAGCACCGCCAACAUGACAACACCUCCGAAUAUAUCGCCUCACCAAGGCGAACAGCUUACAUCGGACAUGGAGAUAACAGGCUUCGUUGUAUUUUCGGCUUCCUCGGAGGGUCCCGACAUGAGCGCUGAAGUGAAGCGAGGUCUGCACUCGAGACCAAGAGUCGAAAGGGAUCCCCUCGUCUAUGGGCGAGGAGACCCAAACACAUGCAAGCGCUUUAUGCGACAUGGGGCCGAUGAAAACAACGCAUUCGCCAAUAAAAUCACGGAGGCCAUCGGUGACGUCGAUUUUCUUCUCCGCCAGGGACCCGUGAUUGUUCACUCCACCGAGGACCACUCCACGUGGGGCACUCGACUGGCGCACCCGUCGCGUGAAGCGGUAUCGGCGUUUCGAGACCUUGCCCGGGGCGACGAAGCUAAGGUGGUCUUCAAACUUUAUCCCCUCGAUUUACCAAGAGAGGCAACCCUGGUGACGCGACCAGUUGUGCGGAAGCUGCAGCCACAUGAAAUCCUUUUCGUGAAAGGAACGAUCAGAAUGGAGAUAGAAAUGCCUGCCGGGGGAUGUUUUGUCUGGCAAGGGAACAGUGGCGAUCCAAUGGGGUAUGACAUGCUGGGCUCAGAGGUCUUCGAGUUCAUGAUGGUUUAG